GAGCCAGAGGGAAUGGCCCCUGGGACCCAGACAUCCUCGUCCCAGGAGUUGGUGACAUUUAAGGAUGUGGCUGUGGAUUUCACUCAGGAGGAGUGGGGCCUCUUGGACCAUUCUCAGAAAGAACUGUACAAGGAGGUCAUGCUGGAGAAUGCCCAGAACCUGCUGUCCCUGGAGCUUCCAGUCGCCAGAGAAGAUUUGAUCUCCUAUUUCCAGAAAGGGGAAGCACCACGGAUUCUGGAGCCAAAAGACCUAAGGAACUUUUAUUCAGAUUCAGUGACCAGCUUUGACGUGAAUGAGACAUCUGAAAACCUGAGCAUUUCUGUGGAAGACUCUUGCCAGCAGAGAUUCAUGAGUGUUGGUCCUUAUGACUUAAAUUUUAUAGAAAUCUGUGACUCUGAUAUCAAGGUAGAUAAAAAUCCUAAGAAUCCCAGUGAACUUGACGAAAUUGGAAAGACCUUGACACCAUAUUCAUCCCUAAAUCGCUGUAAGACAAUGACCCCAAGGAAUGACCUUUUUCAAUACAGUAUGUAUAGAGAAUGCUUUACUGACCAGGUAGGGCUUAUUCAGUCCCAUGAAAAUCUUCCUGAAAUGCAAAUAUAUCAAGGUAGUCAAUGGAAAAAAGCCUUCAGCUUGAGUUCAGACCUCACGAGACAUCAGAAAAAUUAUACUGGCAAGAAGCUUCAUGUAAAUAAUGAAGGAAGAAAGGCCUUUAACCAGAACUCUAAGAUCAGUAAUCAUCAGAAAAUUCAUAUUCGAAAGAAACCUUAUGAAGAUCAUGAAGAUGCAGCAACCUUCUCAUCUCUUCCUUACCAACCUACAUUUCAUACGAGGAUGAAAACAUAUGCUUGUAAUCAGUGUGGGAAGACUUUUUAUUGGAACCCAGAUCUGGUUAGACAUCAGAAGAUUCAUACUGAAGUGAAGCCUUAUAAAUGUAAUGUAUGUGGGAAGAGCUUCUCCUACAGAUCACUCCUUAUUGGCCAUCAGAGAGUUCAUACUGGAGAAAAACCUUAUCAAUGUAAUCAAUGUGGAAAAGCCUUCUGCUACAGAUCACUCCUUAUUGGCCAUCAGAGAAUUCACAGUGGAGAGAGACCCUAUAAAUGUGUUCAUUGUGGAAAAGCUUUCCAAAGCAGUUCCCGUCUUUCUUCCCAUCAAAGAAUCCACACUGGAGAGAAACCUUAUGAAUGUAAUCAAUGUGGAAAGGCCUUCACACAGAGUUCCCAUCUUGGUGCCCAUCAGAGAAUCCACACUGGAGAGAAACCUUAUGAGUGUACUCAAUGUAGAAAGACUUUCAGAUUCCGCUCUGGUCUUGCUUCCCAUCAGAGAAUCCACACUGGAGAGAAACCUUUUGAAUGUAAUCUGUGUGGAAAAGCUUUCCAAAACAACUCCCGUCUUGUUUCACAUCAGAGAAUUCACACUGGAGAGAAACCUUAUGAAUGUAAUCAAUGUGGAAAGGCUUUCACACAGAGUUCCCAUCUUGGUACACAUCAGAGAAUCCACAGUGGAGAGAAACCUUAUGAAUGCAAUCAAUGUGGAAAGGCUUUCAGAUUCCGCUCUGGUCUUGCUACACAUCAGAGAAUGCACACUGGAGAAAAACCUUACAAAUGUAAUCAGUGUGGAAAGGCUUUCCAGUGCAGCUCCAGUCUUGCUAAACAUGUGAGAGUUCACACUGGAGAGAGACCGUAUAAAUGUAGUCAUUGUGGAAAGGCUUUCAGAUGCAGCUCCAGUCUUGCUGCACAUCAGAGAAUCCACACUAUUGCAAAACCUUAUGAAUGUAAUCAGUGUGGCAAGGCUUUCAAAAAGAGUUCCAAGCUUGCUAUCCAUCAGAGAAUCCACACUGGAGAGAAACCUUAUGAAUGUAAUGAAUGUGGAAAAUCUUUUAAAUACAGCUCUCAUCUUGCUGCCCAUCAGAGAAUCCAUACAGGGGAGAAACCUUAUGAAUGUAAUCAUUGUGGAAAAGCUUUCCAGAGCAGUUCUAGUCUUACUAUACAUCAGAGAAUCCACACAGGAGAGAAACCUUAUGAAUGUAAUCAGUGUGGAAAGGCUUUCCAGUGUAACUCUAAUCUUGCUGCCCAUCUGAGAAUCCACACAGGAGAAAAACCUUAUAAAUGUAAUCUAUGUGGAAAAGCUUUUAGAUACCGCUCUGGUCUUUCUGCCCAUCAGAGAAUCCACACUGAAGAGAAACUUUAGGAAUAUAAUCAAUGUUGUAAAGCCUUCAGGCAACAGUCAUCCCAUAUUUCCCAUUAACAAAUUAGAUAGAAAUCUUAUCACUGUAAUGAAUGAGUAUAGGCAUUGACAUGCAAUAUAGAGCUUGUUUAACGUUAGAAAAAUCAUUCUGAGGAGUAGCUCUAUAUGGACUCAGGCCAGAGAUUAUCUCUUACUUUACAUCAGAGGAUUCUUAAUUGGAGAGGUGAUUUAUGAAUGUUGUCAGAGGGGGGCAGGCUUUUCUCUGGAGGACAGAGAUCAGUAGACAACAGAAUAUUCGUACUGAAAUGAAGGUAUAUAAAAGCUGUGAUUAUGGAAAGGUCUUUCUUCACCUAGAGUUUGUACUUGAUCUAAUUAAUAUGAGAAGGUUUCUUGCUGCAGCACAGACUUCAUCAGACUUCCCAAAUUAAGAGACCUCAUUAAACAUCCCAAAUUUCAUACUGUGAAUAAAGUCCUAAGGAAUUUUUCUCUGAAAUCCUGAUAUUUGUCACUACUUCUCAGUAGUUCAUAGCAUUCAUAUACUUUGAUUUUUUUUUCAGCCAUUUCCCACUUAAUUGUUGUUCACUAUGUUUCCUGUUGUUUGAUGGCACAAAAAGUCCUCAUAUAAAUAUUUUGGUGACUAUUGGACAUUUAUUUCUGUAAUGCUUUCUUUAAGUAGCUUGGUGGCACAGUGGACAAAGUGGACAGUGGCCUGGAGCCACUAGUCCAGAUUUCAAAUUCAUUCUCUAAGACUUAUUAGCUUUGUGAAUCUGGGCAAAUCACCCAACCUAUUCUUCCCUGAAUUUCCCCGUCUGUAGAAGGACAAUAAUAAGAGUACCUGCCUCCUUAGGAUUAAAUGAGAUGCUAUUUGUAAAAUGCUUUGCAAAACAAAUUGCUAUGGAAAUGCUUGCUUUUCAAUGAGUAGUAAUACUUGAGUCAUAAGUCUCAUAGUAAAGUCAGUAGGCUAAAACAUGGACAGUUCAGUCACUUUUCCUUUAAUGCAAAUUGAUAUUGAGAAUGAGCACAGGAAAACAGGAAUUGUAAUGCAUGGGGCACUAGAUUUAGAGUCCGAUGCUCCUUAGCUCUCUCAGUCUGGGCAAGGAACAGCCUCUGUGCCUCACUUUGCUCAUCUCAAAAAUGAGGAGGUUGGAACCAGUGGCUUUGAUGGUUCCUUAUGUGUUCUCAUCAAAAGUACAUUCCUAUGUCUCUUUCCCACAGCCUCUUCCUAUAAUCUGGGAAGGAAGCCUAGUAGGAACAAGUCUGAAGAUAUCCAAGAAAGCAGUAGUCAUCCAAACAACUUUUUCUUACCUAAAAAUAAGGAUCUUGAGAAACUGAUCAGGUAUAUAAUAUACAAAAGAAGAUGAGUAUAGUAACCUUGCGUAUAAUCGAAGACCUCCACUUUGGGGCUGGUACUUACCAACCACUACAAAAUGCUGGAAACACUGGAAAGUAGGCUGGCAGAAAAUAGAUGUGGAUUUUAUUAAUACAAAAUAGAACAGAAGGAAUGAGGACAGCUUUGAAAAUAUCAUGUUGAAUUUUUAAGUUACUCAAUUGGCAAAUCAAGCUAUCCAUGUUAGAAAUUGUUUUGUGUGCAGUCCUCUUUUUCUGUUGGAUAGUGUAUAUAAAAUGUUUAUUUUAUUUCAUGUUUGUGAAUUUCAAGAUUAAAAAGGUCAAAUAUUGUUGUUUUCCUUUUUGUCAUUUUCACCAAUUUUGAAGGCAUGCCCAGAAAUGGCAAAACUAUCUUAAUGUGUCUUUCUCUUAUUAUCAGUGCUUUGGAGGAUGUUUUCAUUCACCAUUUUGUUGUCAUUCAUGUGUCAGGACUUUGGAAAACUUCCUGUCCUUUCAGCACUCAUUGAUUGGUGAUGGCUCUGGGUACACAUAAGUGUGAGUUCUCUAUAUCUUGCAAAUAAAUGACUUUUCUUGGGCAUUUUUCAUGUAAUAUUUGAUAUAUUCUGCAUGCUUCAAAUCUUCUUGUAAUUUGAUCUUCAUUUAUUUAUUUUAUGUAG